CUCUCUCUGUGUCUCACACACACUCACAGUCUCUUUCUCUCUCUCUUCUCUCUCACUCACACACAGAGCUUGAAGAAUAUGUCACGAAGAGUUUGUGUUUCUUCCAUUAUUGAACGAAGAAGAAGAAGAAGAAUUGCUGAUCAUAAUUGUCAAAAAGGUACAAUAUUUCCCUCUCUAAUUAAUCUUCCCUCUUCAUUCUUAUUUCUUCUGUUUCGUUCUCUCUCUACUAGCCGAAGCCCUAGUUCUCCUCCUGUUCGAUGCAAUGAUCUCCAAGACGCUGUAAAUUCGUUCAAUCGCAUGAUCCAAAUGCGACCUUUCCCCCCCAUUUCUCAAUUCAACAAAACUUUAGGUCCUCUUUUGAAAUUGGGUCAUUACGACCUCGCACUUCCUCUUAUUGGGAAAUUGCAUUUUCUAGGCAUUCAUGUCGAUAUCUACACCUUCAACAUUGCUAUUAACUGUCAUUGCCGCCUGAAUCAAGUCGAUUUUGGGUUCUCUCUUUUGGGUACCCUCUUUAAACGCGGUUAUACACCUGAUGUAACUACCUUCACAACUCUGUUAAAUGGACUUAUUUUGGACGAUAAAACCCCUGAAGCUGUAGAGUUAUUUAAGAAAUUAAUAAGAAUGAGAGAAAUUGAACCCAACGUGGUUAUGUAUGGAACCAUUGUUAAUGGGCUCUGCAGAACGGGGAACACUAUCAGGGCUGUUAGUUUGCUUAGGAUAAUGGAAGAGGGAAGCUGUAAACCUGACACCAUAGUGUAUAACACGGUCAUUGACAGUCUUUGCAAGGAUAGAAUGGUGGAUGAUGCUAUGAAACUCUUUUCUAAGAUGAAUGAACAAGGCAUUCAUCAAGAUGUUGUCACUUAUAACUCUUUGAUUCAUGGCCUAUGUAAUUUUGGCUGGUGGAAGAAGGCUACCGGAAUGUUUAGAAAAAUGUUGGAUAGUGGUAUUGCUCCGAAUGUUCAUACGUAUAGUGUGUUGCUGGAUGCAUGUACCAAGGAAGGGAAGAUGAAAGAGGCAGAGGUGGUACUUGAAAUCAUGAUACAAAGAGGUGUGGAUCCUAAUAUAGUCACAUACAAUGCUCUAAUGGAUGGAUAUUGUUUGCAAGGCGACAUCGAUGAAGCAAUGAGAGUGUUCAAUACAAUGGUGGAUAGGGGACUUCACCCUGAUGUUUUUAGCUAUACCAUUCUAAUCAAUGGAUAUUGUAAGAAAAUGAAAAUAGAUGAGGCUAUGCAUCUCUUUCAAGAAAUGCCUCAGAGGGGGUUGCAACCUAACACCGAAACCUUCAGUGCUAUGCUACAGGGUUUGUUUCGAUCAAGUAGAUGUGGAGCUGCUCAAAAACUUUUUAAUGAUAUGCAAACUGCAGGCAUAAAUCUAGAUUCUCAAACUUAUGGUAUCUUAUUGGAUGGGUUGUGCAAAAAUGGGCAUAUUUCCGAAGCAUUGUCAUUAUUCCACAUGAUGGAAAGCAACGGUUUACAUCUUGAUAUUGUUAUGUAUAAUAUCCUCAUUGAUGCAUUCUGCAAGGAUAAAAAGCUUGAUACUGCAAGGGCUAUUUUCAGUAACCUUUCUUCCAACGGAUUACAUCCUGAUGUUAAGACAUAUAAUAUGAUGAUACAUGGUCUUUGUGAAGAAGGCCUAUUGCAUGAAGCUAAAGAGUUGUUUGUUAAAAUGGAAAAAAAUGGUUGCUUGGCAAAUGAUGUCACUUACAACACUAUUAUCCGAGGAUUUAUUGGACAACACAAGUGCUAUGAGGCAUUAAUACUCGUUGAAGAAAUGGUUCAAAGGGGUUUUUCGGUAGAUGCAUCCAAUUCUUCCUUGAUCAUAGAUAUACUCUCAACUAAAGGACGAGAUCCUGCUCUCCGAGAAGUGAUAAAGAAGUUCAUGUCAAAAGAUAGUCAUGGAAUGCAUGAUAUUGAGUAAAUUUCUUAAGAUGUGAACGUCAUGUACUGGUAAUUGACUUCGUCAACUGGAGUAUGAGCAUGCUCUACAAAGCUAAAGCAAACGGGCCAUUAAGGAUCAGGUUUGGACUCAUCGAUCUAGUUUUAAUUUGCUCCCUCAUUCUGAUAAUGGUGAAGGGACUUUGGUAAAGGACCCACGUGCUGAUUUUGGAGAUUAUUCCAAUCCUUGAUAGAGUUUUAAAGGCUGUAUCAUCUUGGACUGGGCAGGAUUUCUUGUGGAAUCAAGGAAUUGGGAAGUACCUGCAACUGCAGAGCUUGAUUUUUGCUGUUUGUUUCCUCAUACAAGGCAAAAGUCUAAGCUUAAUUCCUCAUCAUUACAUCCCAAGGGUAGCAGUCUUUUUCAGCAGCACAAGCAUAAAAUUAUUAUUAUUUUUAUUUGAGUAAAUUACACAUACACUGACCUCCCUUGAGGUUUCUGACAAUUUCAAAAUCUGUCCUUGUGAUUUUUGAGAUGACUUAUGACACUGCUGUGUUAAUGGAAUACAUUUUUUAAAACUAUUUUGCUCAUAGUUAUAAUGUCAUAAAAAUUCAUUUUUAUCGUCAAAUUCAAUAAAUUUUGAGAAGACAAAUAUACCCUGAAUGCCUCACUCAAUUUAUCAGCUGAAGCCACAAACUCCGAAAAGUUUUGUUUCAUCUAUUUAUUUGAACUCCUAAAUCUAUAUGUAUGUGUACAUAGAUAUAUAUUUGAAACUAUAGUGAGAGUCUUGUUUUAUUAUUGUUUUCAUUCUAUGUUCAUUUUGGCUUUCUCCUUGUCCUUACAGUGCAUUCAUCUGGAACAAUAAGACUCAUGUAUGCUAGUCGAUUGUUAGCAUUUGGAUGCCCCUUGUGCUCAUAAACAUGUAACCUGUCCAUACAUCUUAAUGAUUGGUAGUUUCUAAGUUCUAUUCCUGGGAGCCUCUUGAAGAUCAGAUUGAAAUAUUAGAGCUUGAAAAAUGCUUUGAAUUAACCCAAGUUGAUUAUCAAUAGCCAUUAUGGUGAUCUGGAGUUGCAAGGCUAUAGAAACUGCAUCUUUGAACAACUCCAACAUUACAAGGAAAAAGAUUAGAAAGCGAAAAGGAAAAAAAGGAAACAAGUGACAUAAUAAGAAUCAAGUCUAUGUAUUUAGAAAUUUAAUUUCUCUCUCUCCCCCUCUCUCUCUCUCUGCAGGUAAGAACAGAGAAUAAAUUUCAAUUCAUAUAGUCUGAUGAAUUUACUACUGUUCCUUUUUCUUCUAAGCAAUUCAUAUACCGUAGUAUUUCCAUAUCAUUCUGUUGAUAUUUACUGACAUUCUAUGCUGUAAUAGAAGGGGCAUGCAUUGGUCGUUUAUCAACUGCAGAAAUAUUCCAUUAUGCUAGGAAGAAAAUUUGCACAUUUAGCUGCAAAUUCACCAUCAGGGUUUAGUAUUACAUUAGUUAUGUUCUAGAGAUGAAUAAAAACCCUUUAGAUUUCAUUUGAUGUCUAGCCAAUUUGUGUUUAAUUGUGAGAGUUCCCUUCAUAGUAGAGGUUUUGUGAUGCAAUAAUGUUACGAUUGGCUUAAAGGUAACUUUGUUGGCCUCUUAACAAAAAAGAAAAAAAAAAGGUUAUCUUUAUUAGUCACCCUUUUGACUUAGAGCUAGUGGACUUCAUACUAGUGAUCUUCUUCUUCAUUCUCUCCCAGGAGAUUGCCAUGUUCAAUGCAAAUGCUCACUUGAUACAUCGUUUAUAAUAAAUAUAGAUGCCGCUACCGCCUGAAAACAUACAUCUAUUUUGUGCAGGUAAGAGAGGUGAAAUUGAUGUUUCCGGGUUGAUGUUGAUAAAAGCUUUAUGGCAACAUCCUUCAAUAGAUCUGUCUUGUAAAUAAACGUUCCCCAGUUUCUACACAAAUAGGAGAACAAGUAUUGAUACUAAAUUGAUUGACCAUCAAUCAGAGAGUGCAUGGGAGUAACUCAGACCUUUUGCAUUUGCAAUGAUUCUAAAUGUAGCUAAUUUCCUUGGUAGAAACAGUAAAUACUUGGUAUUCUUAUAAUCUCUACCCACUGAAGCUUUGAACCACUCAGCUUACCAGGCAUAGCAUGACAAGUUAUUUUUUUCUAAUUUUUUUUUAAAGUGUUUGCAGCAAUUAUGAUCUCUUAAAUGGUUCUUGGAGAUUCUCUUUCUCAUAUUUUCGAUGAGAGAUUGCUUAUAAGAAUUUUCUUUUUAUGAAUUUAUUGUCA